AUGAAAAUUGAAAAAGGGGAAGAAGAAAGAUCUGAAACAGCGAACACAACAGAGAGACUUCUUCUCGGUAUCUUGUCUUCACUUUUUGGAAACUAAAGAAAAUUGGAAAAGGGCUGACUUUUUUGGUUUGGUGAAGUUCGUCGUGGGGACUCGGGACAAUAUAAUAAAGAUGAGUCCUCGCUUACUCUGAGUGUUAUCUAUGUAGUUGCUUCAAUUUUUGUCACUCAUUUGCCUUCGAUUCCUCCUUAAGAAACUGUAUGUUUAACCAUGAAACUGGUCAAGUUUGUUUGAUUAUCCAAUACUUGUCGUUCUGAAUUCGUAACUGAUUGCCCUUUUCUUGUUUUUUCAACAGGACGAUUCUUCUAUUGGGAAUCGGUCAACGUCCUCAAGUUUAUCAGAGAUCUUAGGGUUUCUAAUCAGAUAUUUGAUUCAUCAAAAUCACCAACUAGGGUUUACAAAGUCCAUGCUUUUCGAUCAUUGAUCAGAGAGCUUUCAAGAAAUAUUUGCAAGAAAAUGGCAAUGGCUCCAGUAAUAAAGCUGGUCUUAGGUUCAGUUGCCUUUGCCAUUUUCUGGAUAUUAGCAGUGUUUCCCUCUGUACCAUUCCUACCAAUUGGUCGAACCGCCGGUUCUCUGUUCGGUGCAAUGCUAAUGGUUAUCUUCCAAGUGAUAACCCCGGAACAAGCUUAUGCAGCCAUUGAUCUCCCGAUACUCGGUCUUCUCUUUGGAACGAUGGUUGUUAGUAUAUACCUUGAGAGAGCUGAUAUGUUCAAGUACUUAGGCACAUUGCUUUCGUGGAAAAGCAGAGGUCCGAAAGACUUGCUAUGUAGAGUCUGUCUUGUUUCCGCUGUUUCAAGCGCUCUGUUUACUAACGAUACAUCUUGUGUGGUUUUAACCGAGUUUGUGUUGAAGAUCGCUAGGCAAAAGAAUCUCCCGCCUCACCCGUUUUUGCUCGCUUUAGCCACGAGUGCGAAUAUUGGUUCUUCUGCUACUCCCAUUGGGAAUCCGCAGAAUCUUGUUAUUGCGGUUCAAAGCAAGAUCCCGUUUUGGGAGUUUCUUCUUGGUGUUUUUCCUGCGAUGAUUGUUGGUAUUACCGUUAACGCUAUGCUUCUUCUCGGUAUGUAUUGGCGGUUAUUGUCAGAUCAUAAAGAGGAUGAAGAAGAAGUACAAAAUGCUGAUUCUGAAGUUGUUGCCCAAGAAGAUGUCCAAUCUCAUAGGUUCUCGCCAGCUACAUUUUCGCCAGUCUCAUCCGAAGAUUCGAACUUGAGAAUGGAUGCCGCCGAGACUCUCAGAAACAGAGCGGGUUCAGCGGGUGAGAGCGAGUUAAUAAGCUGCAAUUCAAAUGCGUCGAGAGAACAACACAACGACGCAGAGUCUCAAGGAGAGAGCAAUAAUACCAACAAUAUGUUCCAGACCAAGAGAUGGAGAAGAGUUUUAUGGAAAUCAAGUGUUUAUUUCAUCACAUUAGGAAUGCUAAUAUCUCUGCUUAUGGGUUUAAACAUGUCGUGGACCGCAAUUACCGCGGCUCUAGCACUCGUGGUUCUUGAUUUCAAAGACGCAAGGCCGUCUCUCGAGAAGGUAUCGUAUUCGCUUUUGAUCUUUUUCUGCGGGAUGUUCAUAACCGUUGAUGGAUUCAACAAAACUGGUAUCCCUACCGCUCUAUGGGACCUAAUGGAGCCAUAUGCCAAAAUUGAUCAAGCCAAAGGAAUCGCGGUUCUAGCAGUUGUGAUUCUUGUCCUCUCCAAUGUAGCCUCUAAUGUACCAACCGUGCUUUUGUUGGGAGCAAGAGUGGCGGCAUCAGCGAUGGGGAGGGAGGAGGAGAAGAAGGCGUGGUUGUUGCUGGCGUGGGUGAGCACAGUGGCUGGAAACUUGACGUUGCUUGGUUCAGCAGCAAACCUGAUAGUGUGUGAGCAAGCUCGUAGAGCAGUGAGCCAUGGAUACACUCUCACUUUCACUAAACAUUUCAAAUUCGGUUUGCCUUCAACACUCAUCGUCACUGCGAUUGGUCUCUUCCUUAUCAAGUAAAUCAUAGCUCACUCUGCAUAUAUGCUUUCUUUUUUCAAGAACCAGUGUUUAUAGCUAGGUUUUAUUUCCACACUUAUGUAAUUUAAUAAUAGUUAUAAUAUCCAUAUUUGCAUCAUUGAAAAACAAACAGUAUCACAACUAUGGGUCUGACUGGUAGUCUUCUAUAGAAGAAAAAUAGUGAGAAGAAAAAGAAUUCUUCUGUGUUGUACUUAAAUGUAACCAGUCAGAUAAAAAGUAAUUGGUUUUGUUUCUUCCCAAUUCUUCAAAAAGCAAUAAAAAGUAAUUGGUUUUGUUUCUUCCCAAUUCUUCAAAAAGCAACGUGAAAAGGAAGAAUUCAUCCCACUUCAAAUACAUGAGAGAGAAAAUUCUUCUGCUUUUUGCUUUUUCUUUUCUUCACUUUUCUUCGUUUAUUUUUCAUCUCAUUUCGUCCAUUUUUUAUCAGUCACACCCUAUAUAAGUAAGAAAAUGGUAUAGCAUUUUUCAAGUUGAAGUGGUUCUUCUACUCCGCAGAUGUGUGUAUGUAGAGCUGAGGAAUUUAUGAAUGUAUAUGUAAGCGC